AUGGAAUUUGUAAAGAUAUCGAAAGAAAAUGAUGAGACAUUCAAAGGAACCGAUCUUUGGUCGCCAAUCCCUGGAUACCCUACAUUUGGUGGCCAGAUAGCAGCACAAUCUCUUAUCUCUGCAUUCUACACCGUAGAAGAGGACACAAUUCCAAUAAACCUGAGCAUUCUGUUUAUUAACAAGUGCAAAUCGGACCAAGAUACCAGGUAUCAGGUCAAAAGACUCAGAGACGGAGGCAUUCUGGAGAUGAGACAAGUGGACUGCUAUCAGAAUGAUAUAUUGGUUUCCAGCAUGCAUGCAAGCUUUAGUAGACCUGAGGACAAUGCACAUGAUUAUGAAGACACGCCGUAUAGGCUCUAUGAAGAUACUUUUGUUCCUUUUGCAGAAUAUAUUUCAAAUGCUCUUAAUAACACAUCUGAAAGCGAAGCAAAUAUCAGGAUGAAGUUUCAAGUCUUGCAUGAGAACAUGCGGAUGCUUUUGAAUGUCAUUGAUGUAGAGUUGGGUAAAGAAACUGGAGACAUGAGACAGAUCCGUAUUAGGAUAAAAAAUAAACAGAGCACCGUUGCAGUCAAGGCUGCAUUGGUUACGUUGGUAUCAGAUCUUCUCCUUGUGGAAACUGCACUUAUUGCAUGCAACCUGACUAUGUUUUCAAAGGAAAUAUCUCUUUUGACCUCGAUGAACCAUGUAAUCCAUUUCAUAGAUCUCGAGAGAGACCUUGGAGAGUGUGUUUAUUACAUUGUGAAAUGCAAAGGGAUUAAGAAUUCAAAAGCAAUAUGCGAAGGGCAGCUUCUUCAUGAGGAUGGUAGCUUGAUAUGCUUAACAAGCCAACAAGGAAUUUUUAGAGUAAAACCUGUUUAUUCCAAGAAUUAA